AGCGAGAGCGUUUAUCAUCGACAUACAUUUGGGACAUGCGAAAUUUCCUGCAUCGUGGUCUGUUUACCACCUGAUCGAGUCCGCGCUGGAAUUGAUCUUUCUUGCGCCUUUCCUCCACCGUGUGGAGGAGACGCAAUGUACAUCAACCGCAAAAAAAAGUUGGUUAGCAAUCUGGAGGGAGGUUUGCGUUUGGAGUCUGUACAAUCUUUCUUCCAUGUUCAUAUUGGGGCUGGCUAUAAUUAUCUUACUCACUGGCCUGGAUCUGGAGCAGGGUGGGCGACUUUUUUGGGGCUGUUGUUUUUCUUUUUCCCCCUACUAUACAUAUACACGACUGAUUUCGGUAUCUAUUUUUCUUUUAUUUCUUUUUUUUUCUUUUGUCAUGCCUGGUGUUUUUUUUGGGCGCGUCCCAUGGGCGUUGGUUGUAACUAUCAGCAUAGAGCGAAAUGACGAUGACAAUCUUCUGAGACAAGUCCGGGGUACUCCGUAGAUAGUCGAUAUGUCGAGUAUGGAGUAGGCAUAACUCGGUGUGCAGCAGCGAGAUAUGCAGCUGAGUCAGAGACCCUUAGUCACCGCGGCUAUUAAAUGCAGCGGGCCAAUCCCGAAGCGGCCAACUGGACUC